UUUUUUUCUUUUUGUAUUUUGUACAUCGAGUACUUUGUUUUAUAAAUUGUGUUUCAAAGACACCGAUUUCAAUAAACUGAAAUACAAGAUUUGUUAUUUUUUAAAUCGUAUUGAAAGUAAAAAUCAACAAUGUUCUGGUCUGUGUUGAUGAUGCUUUUACUGGCUUUUUGAUCAACGAACAUUUAUCUCUUUUAGCAUUAAAACAACAAAUAUCUAUUAACGUGUCAUCAAGAAUCUUCAUCAAUCAUUAAACAUUACUGGACAUACAAUAACAACUAGCAACAUAAGAAGCAUACAAAUAAAAAGCACUCAAGCAGCCUGAUAUGAAAUGGAUUGAAAUUACCUGAUGAUGCUCAUUAAAUCAUAAAGAAUACUACAGCAGUAUUGACAUGAUGACAUGGUUAAUGAUACCCUUUCAUUUAGUAAAGCGUAGUACACGCAAACUAAAGCAGUUCGUAGGAGAUUAAACACCUCCUUGCUGAACUAGAACUAUAUUCAGUAAUUUAUCGGUAUAUUAUCGUGAAUCAUGAAGAUAUUUGCAAGGUUCCUACUUUUGAAAAUAUUUUUCUUCAAUUGUUCAGCAAGAAAUUUAGUUGAGAACGCAGUGUUUGUUUCAAGACAGUAUUACGAACAUCACUUUGCUACCACCGUGGUAUGGAGCGAGGAUUCGGAAUAUGUCGAUGAUUUCUUGAUGAACUUCCCUGGAACUGUAGUUUUGAAACCUUUGUUAAAUAAUUAUGACGAUGCGAUCCGUAAUUCCAAUGACACUGGAUUUGAACAAACCGUUUUCUUCGCAAGCUCCUUUCGUGACUAUGAAAAUUUUAUGAAGAUAAUCGAUGAAUUUAUUAGAUACCCGAUUCUAUUUAUUCUGGUAAUAGAGUCAAGUAUAGAACAAUCAGACUUGUGGAAAUAUAUAAAGGUGACUUGGGAGAAUGAUCAAGGUGACAUAGUCAUAAUAAGUGCUGAUAAAGCCGGCAACGUAACAUUAUCUACGUUCUUUCCAUAUAGUGAUGAAACCUGUGAAAACUACAAUCCCGUAAUUUUGAAACCAAAUGAUAAUUUGUUUCCGAAUAAGUUCAAUAACUUUUACCAAUGCCCAGUUAGAGCUUCUGUAAUGCAAUUGAUGCCAAAAACGCAUAUAAUAAGAAGUAAUGAAAAUGUAACUACUGUCGGUGGCUACGACGGCUCCAUAUUUAUGAUAAUAUUGGAUAAAAUGAAUGCGACACUCGAUGUAACGUCAGUGGAUAAUCACCAAGCAUAUGGGGCUUUCGUCAAUGGUAGCCUUGUUGGUUCCAUAAGCGAAUUGGUCUCUGAAAGAGCAGAUAUACUGAUUCCAUCUGGUAUCCUAACCCGAAGAAGAUAUUUAGUUGCUUUUGCAUCUCAUAUAUAUCAUACAAUAGAUAUCCGGUGGAUUGGACCAAGAAGGCGAGAAGUUUAUAAUUGGCUUAAAGUUUUGAUUCCAGACAACACGCAAGUAAGCCCUUUUCAAGCAAUUGUGUGUGUUGCGUUUCUUGUAAUGACAAUAAUAAUACAUCGACUCAAACGCCAUUUGACGCAUAGAAAUAGUUGCAUACUUCUCCAUGUAUUCCUCAUAUUUCUAGGCCAGUCAACUAAAUUUGAAACGAAGUCAACUCUUCUGAAUAGCUUCUUGUCUCUAUGGAUAUGGUCUUGUUUUAUAGUACGCAUAGAAUACCAGGGAGAUCUUUAUCAAAGCAUGCAAACUGUUAGCUUAGAAGAACCGUUUAGAUCGGUCGAUGAAGCUAUCACACAAGUGGACGGAUUUGGUGGAAUGGAUGUAUUUCUGGACUUUUAUAGAGACAUACACUUGGCCAGCAAUUAUAAGAUUAUACCACUGCUUGAUAAUAUCAAAUAUAUUCAGCGUAUAUUUGAAGGUGAACGUUUUCUACUAGUUACAGAUAUGGUAUCGGUGCCACAAGCUAUUCUUAAUAGAAUUCAAGUCUUAAAGGAUCACAAAAGUACAGCUAACACAUGUUAUUAUAUGCGUCCAGGAUGGCCGGCCGCAAAAAACGUAGACCAUAUAAUUCUAAGCUUGGUUGAAGGUGGAUUUAUUGAAUAUCUCUUAAGUAAAACUGACCGGGAGUGGAAAAUCCCAAGAUUUCAGGAUGAAGAAGUAAAACCAGUUGGCCUAAGUUUAACAACACUUUGGACUUGUUUUCAGGGUUUGAUUAUCAUGUGGCUUGUUUGCUCAUUAGUUCUAAUAUUUGAAAUACUAUCCGUAUCCAAAACCGUUCGAUAUUUUUUCGAAGAUUUUGCUAAAAAUGGAUGAUUUGAAAUUUAUGGUUUUUAUGUCGUUUACCGCCUCAGUCCAUUAUCAUAAGUAUGUCAAUAUGGAUGUCUGAAAUAUAAUUAAACUAGGUCGAUACUAUUUAAAUCGUUGAACUAAUGAACUUAGGUCGUUGUGCCAUUUGAGGGACUCGAGCAAUUAGCCUGAUGUGUUAGCCAGCGCUGAUCUGAUUGCACCUUGUUAAUUAUUCUACGGAACAGAAAAUAGAGGGAUGGAAUUAUCACAUAACAAUGUUGAUUUUAAUGAUACCCGAUUGAAAAAGUAUUUGUUUCUAAGACUAUCAACAGAAAUUAUGAUUUUAGAUGAAUAAAUGAUCUGCUC